ACAGACACGGUCAUCUGGUGUGGCGUCCAUCGAACGCAACGCGGCCUCUCCGUUAACCUACACCGCCUCGCACCCCAACCAGCGACUCUCGAGUCUUUCUCACAGAUAUAUAGAUAUUUAUACACACGCAUAUAUAUAUAUAUAUAUUCCAUCUACUCUUUCUACUUACUUUAUCCAGUUUUCCCUCUCCUUUCAAAACCAAAAUCUAAGUUUCUUUUUGUACAAGUUUCGUAAUGUCUACUUUUGGUGCCGCCGCUGCCAAUCAUAACCCUAAUAAAUCGUUUGAGGUUGCUCAACCACCCAGUGAUUCUGUUUCAAGCCUUAGCUUCAGUCCCAAGGCCAAUUUCUUGAUUGCUACUUCAUGGGAUAAUCAGGUGAGAUGUUGGGAAAUUUCCCGGAAUGGUACAGCUGUUGCUAGUACGCCAAAGGCAUCAAUUACUCAUGAUCAGCCGGUUUUGUGCUCAACCUGGAAGGAUGAUGGGAUGACAGUCUUUUCUGGAGGCUGUGACAAGCAGGUCAAAAUGUGGCCUUUAUUAUCUGGUGGUCAACCAAUGACAGUUGCCAUGCAUGAUGCCCCUAUUAAAGAAGUUGCUUGGAUCCCAGAAAUGAACCUGUUAGCUACAGGAAGCUGGGACAAGACAUUAAAAUAUUGGGAUACAAGGCAGUCAAACCCAGUGCAUACUCAACAACUUCCUGAUCGCUGCUAUGCACUCACAGUGAAAUAUCCAUUGAUGGUUGUUGGUACUGCAGAUAGGAAUCUGAUAGUUUUUAACUUGCAGAAUCCUCAGAAUGAAUACAAGAGAGUCACCUCACCCCUCAAGUAUCAGACAAGAUGUGUUGCUGCCUUCCCUGACCAGCAAGGUUUUUUGGUUGGUUCAAUUGAGGGAAGGGUUGGUGUACACCACCUUGAUGAUGGACAACAGGGUAAAAACUUUACUUUCAAAUGCCACAGGGAUGGCAGUGAGAUAUAUUCUGUCAACUCAUUAAACUUCCAUCCUAUACAUCACACUUUUGCCACUGCGGGGUCUGAUGGUGCUUUCAAUUUCUGGGACAAGGAUAGCAAACAAAGACUAAAGGCAAUGUCAAGGUGCAGUCAACCUAUACCAUGCAGUACUUUCAACAAUGAUGGAUCAAUAUUCGCAUAUUCGGUUUGUUAUGACUGGAGUAAGGGUGCUGAAAAUCACAACCCAUCAACAGCAAAAUCCUACAUUUUCCUGCACUUGCCACAGGAAUCUGAAGUUAAAGGCAAGCCAAGAGUUGGAACAAGUGGUAGAAAGUGAGAAGGUUAGUUUGGAUUAGAGAAUGGCUGAACCCUAGAAGAAAAAGGAUUUGCCACAUUUUGUCUGGUUUGGUUUCUCGAUGGGCCGUUGGUUCAAGUUGAGUCACUAGGGUAGGAAUGUGAUGUGUACAUCAGGAAAUUUUUUCCCUUUGAAUCAUUUUAUCCCUACUUUUAUGUUCAGCGUUUUAGUUUAGAAUCUAGAGUUGUUGCGAAGUUACAAACGUUAAUCCGAUCAUUCUUUUCGCCCAUUUCUGCUACUGAGAAAUGCAUUAUCUGUGUAAAAUCUAAUUAGGAAACUUGUCACAUUAUGCGAUUUGUUGGUUAUUUUGGAUUUAGAGUCUAGAGAGUGGUUUAUGCAAUGGUUUACUUGUAGCUUCAUCGUCUUGUUAUUUUCCAAAUAAGUUUUUUUUUAAAUUGAACAUAA